AAAAGCGGAGCGCUCGGAGCUCAGAAACUGCCAGCCGAGAUCACAGUCUCUAGGACUGAAGCAGGAGGAGGGAAAGACUGGAAGGAAGAGAGACAGGUUAGAGGGAAAGAGGCUUGGGAAGAAAACAGCAGGAAAGAAGCCGCUCAUCACACUUCUAGAGAGGCAAAUGAUGCUGGAGAUGAGGACAGAGAAAGACAGAACUAUGAGAGCCAAAAAAUACAAAUAAAGCGAAAGAGGAGAAAAUGCCAAGAAGAACAUCCAUCCGGAGAAAUGAAGAGAAUGAAAGUUUUAUGCUGCAGAGCCGUUCUAUGUUUUUCCGGCAAAAAAUUCUCUUGCUGUUUUUAAGCCCUUUUGCAUUUGCCAGCCGUUGACAUUGAGGCAUGUUCAGCGGUGCCAGCAGCGUCUCCUCUUCCUUCUCCUCUUCCUCUUCAUCUUCCUCCUCCUCAUCUUCCUCCACCAUCACCAUCACCACCACCGCCACCACCACCACCUCCUCCUCCUCCUCCUCCCCCUCCUUCUUUUCCUCCUCCUCCUUCUCCUCCCAUCAGCAAGAAGACAAACCGAGGACAGUCUUGAAAUAUCGAAAUUUCCUCCUUGGGAUUUGCCAGCGCCGCGUUGCGCCAAGACUGUCGGAAUAAAGGACGCUGACUAUUGUAUUAUUAUUUUAUUAAUUGGUCAGUGGGAAGAUUACCGAUGAGGAAAGGGGACGCCUGUCACCCUUCCUGCGCUAAGAUUGAAAAAUGAGGCUGAGUUGGGGGAAGCCCUAAAAUGAAGCAAAAGGAAUAAGAUUUUUCAGGACAGAAAGCCACAGGAGCCCCCCACACAGCGCACUUUUAUUUGUUUUUUUUUUUUUUUUAAGAUUUUUUUUUUUUUUCGUGGUGGUGGGGGAGGUGAUUGGGUGGCUGACUGGCUGCGGGAAGCUGCUUCCUUUCCCUUUGGAGAUGAUUGUGCUAUUAUUCUUUGCCUUGCUCUGGAUGGUGGAAGGAGUCUUUUCCCAGCUUCACUACACAGUGCAGGAGGAGCAGGAACAUGGCACUUUCGUGGGGAAUAUCGCUGAAGAUCUGGGCUUGGACAUUACAAAACUUUCAGCUCGCAGGUUUCAAACGGUGCCCAACUCGCGGACCCCUUACUUGGACCUCAACCUGGAGACCGGGGUGCUGUACGUGAACGAGAAGAUCGACCGCGAGCAAAUCUGCAAGCAGAGCCCGUCCUGCGUCCUGCACCUGGAGGUCUUCCUGGAGAACCCCCUCGAGCUCUUCCGUGUGGAGAUCGAGGUGCUGGACAUCAAUGACAACCCCCCCUCCUUCCCGGAGCCGGACCUGACUGUGGAGAUCUCUGAGAGCGCCACGCCGGGCACCCGCUUCCCGCUGGAGAGCGCAUUCGACCCAGACGUGGGCACCAACUCCUUGCGCGACUACGAGAUCACCCCCAACAGCUACUUCUCCCUGGACGUGCAGACCCAGGGGGAUGGCAACCGAUUCGCCGAGCUGGUGCUGGAGAAGCCGCUGGACCGAGAGCAGCAAGCGGUGCACCGCUACGUGCUGACCGCGGUGGACGGGGGAGGAGGGGGAGGAGGAGGAGAAGGAGGGGGAGGCGGCGGGGGAGGGGGCCUGCCCCCCCAACAGCAGCGCACCGGCACUGCCCUACUCACCAUCCGAGUGCUGGACUCCAACGACAACGUCCCCGCCUUCGACCAACCCGUCUACACUGUGUCUCUACCAGAGAACUCGCCGCCGGGCACGCUCGUAAUCCAGCUCAACGCCACAGACCCAGAUGAGGGCCAGAAUGGCGAAGUCGUGUAUUCCUUCAGCAGCCACAUUUCGCCCCGGGCGCGGGAGCUCUUUGGACUCUCCCCGCGCACUGGCCGGCUGGAGGUGAGCGGAGAGCUAGACUAUGAAGAGAGCCCGGUAUACCAAGUGUACGUACAAGCCAAGGACCUGGGCCCCAACGCGGUGCCCGCGCACUGCAAGGUGCUUGUGCGAGUACUGGAUGCUAACGACAACGCUCCGGAGAUCAGCUUCAGCACGGUGAAGGAGGCGGUGAGCGAGGGCGCGGCGCCCGGGACCGUGGUGGCCCUGUUCAGCGUGACCGACCGCGACUCCGAGGAGAAUGGGCAGGUGCAGUGCGAGCUGCUGGGGGAUGUGCCGUUCCGCCUCAAGUCUUCCUUCAAGAACUACUAUACGAUCGUGACCGAAGCCCCCCUGGACCGAGAGGCCGGGGACUCCUACACCCUGACCGUUGUGGCUCGGGACCGGGGCGAGCCGGCGCUCUCCACCAGUAAGUCGAUCCAGGUGCAAGUGUCAGAUGUGAACGACAACGCACCGCGGUUUAGCCAGCCGGUCUACGACGUGUAUGUGACCGAGAACAACGUGCCCGGCGCCUAUAUCUACGCGGUAAGCGCCACAGACCGCGACGAGGGCGCCAACGCCCAGCUAGCCUACUCUAUCCUCGAGUGCCAGAUCCAGGGCAUGAGCGUCUUCACUUACGUGUCCAUCAACUCUGAGAACGGCUACUUGUACGCCCUGCGCUCCUUCGAUUACGAGCAGCUCAAGGACUUCAGCUUCCAGGUGGAAGCUCGGGACGCCGGCAGCCCCCAGGCUCUGGCCGGUAACGCCACCGUCAACAUCCUCAUCGUGGACCAGAACGACAACGCCCCUGCCAUCGUGGCGCCCCUGCCUGGGCGCAACGGGACUCCAGCGCGGGAGGUGCUGCCCCGGUCGGCGGAGCCAGGCUACCUGCUGACCCGCGUGGCCGCAGUGGACGCAGACGACGGCGAGAACGCCCGGCUCACCUACAGCAUUGUGCGGGGCAACGAAAUGAACCUCUUCCGCAUGGACUGGCGCACCGGGGAACUCCGCACCGCGCGCCGGGUGCCGGCCAAGCGCGACCCCCAGCGGCCUUACGAGCUGGUGAUCGAGGUGCGCGACCACGGGCAGCCGCCCCUGUCCUCCACUGCCACACUGGUGGUGCAGCUGGUGGAUGGAGCCGUGGAGCCCCAGGGAGGGGGCGGGGGCGGUAGCGGGGGGUCAGGGGAGCAUCAGCGCCCCAGCCGCUCCGGCGGCGCGGAGACCUCGCUGGACCUCACCCUCAUCCUCAUCAUUGCGCUGGGCUCGGUGUCUUUCAUAUUCCUGCUAGCCAUGAUCGUGCUUGCCGUGCGUUGCCAAAAAGAGAAGAAGCUGAACAUCUACACCUGUCUGGCCAGUGACUGCUGCCUCUGCUGCUGCUGCUGUGGCGGUGGGGGCUCGACCUGCUGCGGCCGCCAAGCCCGGGCGCGCAAGAAAAAACUCAGCAAGUCGGACAUCAUGCUGGUUCAAAGCUCCAACGUACCCAGUAACCCGGCCCAAGUGCCGGUGGAGGAGUCCGGGGGCUUUGGCUCCCACCACCACAACCAGAAUUACUGCUACCAGGUCUGCCUGACCCCUGAGUCCGCCAAGACCGACCUGAUGUUCCUUAAGCCCUGCAGCCCAUCGCGGAGUACGGACACUGAGCACAACCCCUGCGGGGCCAUCGUCACCGGCUACACAGACCAGCAGCCCGACAUCAUCUCCAACGGAAGCAUUUUGUCCAACGAGACUAAACACCAGCGAGCAGAGCUCAGCUAUCUAGUUGACAGACCUCGCCGAGUUAACAGUUCUGCAUUCCAGGAAGCCGACAUAGUAAGCUCUAAGGACAGUGGUCAUGGAGACAGUGAACAAGGAGAUAGUGAUCACGAUGCCACCAACCGCGGCCAGUCAGCUGGCAUGGAUCUCUUCUCCAACUGUACUGAGGAAUGUAAAGCGCUGGGCCAUUCAGAUCGGUGCUGGAUGCCUUCUUUUGUCCCCGCGGAUGGACGCCAGGCUGCGGAUUAUCGCAGCAAUCUGCAUGUUCCUGGCAUGGACUCUGUUCCAGACACUGAGGUGUUUGAAACUCCAGAAGCCCAGCCUGGGGCGGAGAGGUCUUUCUCCACCUUUGGCAAAGAGAAGGCCCUUCACAGCACCCUGGAGAGGAAGGAGCUGGAUGGACUGCUGUCUAAUACACGAGCGCCUUACAAACCACCAUAUUUGACACGGAAAAGGAUAUGCUAGUCAAUUCUACAGGAUUUACCUGAAGCAGCAUGAUUUGCACAAAGUCGACCAACAAAAGCAUCAACUUUUCAACUUCAUUAUCUUGGCCAUCAGUUAGUUGUGUGUAACCGAGUACUAGAUUGCCGGCGGAGUCAUCGUGGCCAAUUAUAGGACCUAAUUGCUCUCAGCAGGCCUGAGAAAUGAGUUGAAAUGUGCAGAACUGUAGAAACUUUAGAGGCAACUGCUUUUGCCUCUCCGAUCAGUGUGUGCCUGUUUACAGCACUAUAUAUCUUUCUCUCUCCAAAUGUCACUGAGCCCUUUACAUGUUUAUAUUCACCACGAGAAGCCAGUCAUAAAGAUAAAGGAAAUUUGUGCAUUAUAAAUGCAAUAUCACUGUUUUAAACUUGACUGUUUUAUAUUCUUUUUGUGUGAUCAAGUGUUCCCCAAACUAUUCCAACUUUACAAGACAGAUUGUGAUUAUGUUCUUUUCACCUGUGGGUUAUAAAAAAUGUUGUAUUCUGAAGACCCACAAAAUAUCAAAGACAUUCUGUAGUUUAUACACCGUGUUGCAAAGUGUUUACUGUACUAUUUCAAAGCUUCUAAAUAAAUAUAAAAUAUAUAUAUUAUAUUAUAUAAUUUUCCUAAAAUGUGGUACAACUCAGUUGGUUUUUAAAUGGAUUCAUACAGUCCACAUCAUAUAGUAAAGUGAAGGUAAUUCAGGGUCCCAAAGAUAAACUUGCUAAGAAAAGAAUAAUCAUUAAUAGUUUCCUCCCAAUUUUCAUCUUAUACAACCCUGUUUUUCCUUGUUUAAAAGAAAAUGAAGCUCUAAGCUACACAAUUUUGUCAAGAACUUGUACUGAAUUUUCAAUGCCAAAGAUAUAGCUGUCGAUGUUAUCAGAAGAGCACUGAAUAUGUAAUAUCAGAAUAUCUAACAAUCUACAUUCUUUCGAUUCUAUUUCUAUGGCUUUGAAUUUAGAAUCAUUUAAAGCUUUUAUAAAGAAUCUAUAAAUCCACCUGUAUUUGUUGUUAGAAAAAAAAACAAAAACAAACACUGGGUGUCUGUACAUUUUGUGGUGUAAAAUACGUAAUUGAGAUUACUAUUUUAAGAAGUCCUCAACCGUAUAACUCACACAGAAUUUUAUUUUACAUAGUUUUACAUAGUUUUGUGACUCUUACUAACACAUGAAUAUAAAAUCUAUUUAUAACUCUAUAUGAACAUAUAGAGAUAUAUAAGUAUCUGAACUGGUAAAGAGUAACUAUAAGAUAUAAGUGAUCUCUAAAUUUAAAAUAAGUUAAAUAAAUUUGGAGAUAGAUAUGGUACAUUAUUGUUUCAGUAUUAUCUUACAUGUGAAGAUUUUAUAGCUUAAAUAUAGUCAGUGUUUUAUUAAUGAGAAAAUUCUUUGAGUCAGCCUUGAAAAGUUAAGCUUGCCUUUUAUUUUCAUGUCCACGAAGUUAAUUAUUAAAUUCAUUUAGAUGUAUUUUCCUUUCUUUUACAUAGUUUUCUUUUUACCAGCUGUUGUUUAUUGCUUAAUUAAGAGAGAAAUUAAGAGAGAAAAAUCAGAGGAUGUGAGAUAAUCUUAGCAAAAAACAGAAUUCUCAAAGCUCCCUCCUAAGAAAGCCUUCAACAUUUCUAAAUGUUUGCCCAAUCCAAAUUACAGAUCAAUUUUGACACAUUUACCUUAACUGCUAACUGAUCUUCUGGAUUCAGUGAUAGUUUGAGCUGUGCUGUAUUAUUAAAGAGCAGACUAAAGCUUAACACAUAACAAAUGUUUCCCACCUAGUUUUAUGGUCAUGUAAAUGGGAAUAUUUUCCUUCGAUUUAACAAUAAAAUGCAUACAUAUUUUCAGAGGACCUUGAUAUGUAGAUUUGAGUGAUAUCUUGGCAUCACUCAUUUGACUUAUCAAAUGACAGAGAUUAAUAUGUCGUAAUCCCAAUCAUUUUAUCUAUUGAAGUAUGUGUAAUAUUCCAGUCUUUUGGGGACCCUUUAAAAAUACGUAAAACCAAUCCAUCGCAUAUGACACAAAAGCACAUACGUUCACAAAAGUGCAGCAGUAACAUUUUCUCAAACUUUUGGCGCUACUUCAUUAAGAUUUUGAAUGAUAGACUAUUUUAAUAAGGAUAUGUUUCUAUAUAAUUUAGCUGGAAAAAUGUCUGUUUGUUGUAAUUGCUUUUUAAACAAGAAAAUGAUUUUCUUGUUGAAUCACUGCUUUAAUUAAAACCUUUCAUUCAUCAUUUUCCAAUUAUGGCGGAAAACACACAUCCAUCUGCCUUAUCACAUGCAUUAAAAAUAAGGUUAUAUUCAUUUCAUGUAUUAUGUUUAUAUUCAUUCAUUCAAUGUUAAGAAGGUUUCUUUACUUAUUUAGACUUUUAUGUCAUCGUAUAUCAUCUCCCUUGAACAAACUUCUUAUGCCAUAUAUUUAUGCAUUCGGUUUUUAUAUAUCAUAGUAACAGUUAUUCUAAUUUACAUUCUAAUUAUUAAAUUAUAUCAUCAAUCAACAAAAACAAACAACAAAAACAAGAAAAUUUUACCCAAUUUGUGGGAAAGAUAGAAUUUGCUAAAAUCCUAAACAGUUAUUAAUCAUGUAUUGUAUCCAGAAUAAAUCAGAAGUUACCAGAGAGUAAUGAUAUAAUUUUAGCUAAUUGGCUAGGAUGUUUUCUACCAAUGAGAGGGGGACUAUAAAAUAGAAAAAUGCAACCAAUCAAUAAUAAAGGUUUACAAAAAAACAUGUAUUAGAUUACCAUGAAAAGGAAUUUUAGAAUAGUUUUUCUGUUUAAUCCAGUCAUCUUAAUAUCCAGUCUUACAUAAUUUCAUACAUAUCAAAAAAUACUAUCUAAAUUAUUAGAUGACAUUUCAUCAAUAAAUUACUUCAGAAACGAAUGAUCAUGACAUUUACUCCUUGAUAAACACGGUUCGUUCUAAAGUAGUAAAAAUGUCAAAAUAUUUUCCUGUGGAAACAGUGUCUUAACGUUUCAAAGGUAUGUCAAACGACAAUUUUUAGAAAUAUUUCCUCCACGUGUAAAAUUCUAAUUCUUAUCUUGUAAACAUAAUUUUGUGAAAUCAUUUUCAAUCAAUAUUUAAGUAUCACAUCAUAAUUACUUUACAGAUAUAAUGGUAUCACUCUAAGUGUAUCAUCUUUCUUGGGAACUAUUGAGAAAUAUGUAUAUUUUGUUUUUUGAAGAUAUUAAAUGCAAUGCCUUUAUCAAACAUUGCAAAUUAAGUACUAUAGUAGAGGAUUUAAAUAUUUUAAUUACUCCCGUUUCCUUUUAAUUUCCUCCUGUUUCAUUUCUUAAUAGUGUUAUAAUUUGCCGCCGGAUCUCCUGUACUGUAGAAACCUCCUUAUUUCUUCAAUAAGAGGAAGAAAAAACAUCCUCAUAAUUCUCAACAUAAACUUUAAUAACUGUCUAUUAAUUAUGCCGUUUUAACUUUACAAAAAUAGUUUACUGGAGUAAAAUUAAUAUUUAAUACGACUACUGACUCAGAAUGUUGCAAAUGUUAGGCAGCAUAAAAAAAAUUACUUACGGUGCUGACUGAUCAUAGCACUGUUAUUUGUCAUGACAUGUGGUUUUCUUUUUCCCCCUCAUAUUUCUAUGUGUGCUUUUAAUACCCGAGGAACUCAAAACCAUUUAAAAUCUUGGUAUACUUGAUAAUUUUUCUGAAAAUCUUAUAUUUUUCAUAUUGCAAUUUCUUGGGUUCUUUAUCUUUUUCAAAACUCUAAUUUUGUAGUGGUAAAGGCUUUGCACUUAACAUCCUUUUUAUGUUCCUUUUUAACAAGGAAAAACAGAAAAUGACAAAGUUCCAUAUUUUUUAUGCCAUGGAGUAGUAAAAUUAUUUUAUAUAUAUUGUUAGCACUUCAAGGACUAUCCCUCUGCUAGGUCGAACAAAAUCCUUAUACAGUAAUUUGUGAAGCUACUGUUCAAUAGAAUAUUUUUGUUUCUUCUAAAACUUGGCAUAGGUUUUAGAUUAUAGCAUUCUAUGAGAAUGCUGGGAGAUGGGUGCCGCCAGAGUAUUGCAGGCAAUAAUAUGACUAAAAUUCUAAUACCUUUAGUGUGCAUGCAUGUAUUUCUAACCACUGUUAUUUUUUAAGUAUUUGUAAAAUUAGAAAAAUGACUUUUAUUUCUUGAAAACUUGUCACAUGCUUAGUUUGAAGUUUUACACUUCAGAUGUUUUUGAGUUGCGUGCAAUUUUUGCAUUAAUGAUGCAAAUAUUAAAAUCUCGCAUGAGACUCAAAAACUUCUGAAUGAUAGAACUCAGACUUCCAAUAUAUCCGUACAUCAUAGAGCUGAAAGUAAGCAGGGAAUUUCAGCUCUAAACACAUUUUCAAGACAGUUAUCUGUGAGUGAAAACAGGGUAUUAUAACAAAAGAUGAGUUUAAAUCUUAACUAUAGUGUUUGUUACUGUGAAUGCUAUAAUAAUACAUAAGUAAAAUGAGUGUAAAUGUAAUAUAUUAUUUUAUACUGCUGUAUACACAUGAAAUAAAUAAAACUAGGAUACAUAUUAUGCCAUUUUUCCAUGCAUGGAUCUUCCACUGACGCCCGUGGGAGCUUUGAAUAAAAAUCAGUGGCAAAAUAUGGCCCUAAGUUUAAAAACAACUAAUGCUGAUUUAGUAAAUUCAGUCUUAAUAUAACAGGUCUAAGGGGACAUCUGUUCAAAACUGAGUUUCAUUCGAAGAAACAUAUGCUAGGUUUAAAGGAUUUUGCGAUAUUUACACUUUUGAAAGUAGGCAUUUAAUUCUAUAUGAUUCUCAUGAUACCCACAAUGAAUAUUUUAAAUGUAUAUAUUUUUCCACCUAUUGUUAUAUUUUCUUCUUAAGUUUUUUGAUUUGUAGUAAUACCAAGGGCCCACAAGGAAUAAUGUAGCUGUUUGACACAGGAUAUGAAUGCCUUCGAGCAAUAAAAGGAAAAUAUUUUAUCUAAAAUUUUAGACACAAAUUACUUCAUAUUUAAAAUCAAUGGACACAUAAGAAAAAAAAUAAAAUUCAUAUGGGUAUCAUAUUCCAAGAAGAAAACAUAAAUUAAGGUAUAGUGUUUUUUAAUAAUGAUAACAAUAAUCUGGACAAAUCUUACAGAAAUUUAUAUUCUGAAAUAACUAAAAGGUAAAAGAAAAGUGUGCUUUGUAACCUAAUGUGUGGUUUACGUAACCAAUUUUCUUGAGUUCAAACUACACAUACCUGGACAGAAACUCAUUUUAUGAAGCAACAAGGGAUAGGGAUUGGACUAGGUAUUUCUCUUCCUCUUUAUGUCUAAUAAAGCCAGCCCUAUGGUGGGAAAAAAACUAAUAAAAAUAUACAGGAACGAUUCUCAAGAGAAUGUUAACAGCGAUAGUUACAAGUUGCUUUGUUCCCCUAGACCUGUCCCUCCUGUCCCUUACUUUUACCCUUUCUGGGAAUCAUAUCAUGGACUCUUCUAUGUAACCAAGAUUAUGAAUUUUCAGACGUAAAAAUUAAAUUUUAUUAAAUUACACACUUCUAUUAAGGUCCAACAAUGAGGAGAGGUAGGAAUGCAUAGUAAUAUCUGCCUUCAUGAAAAUUCUAGUUUGCUUUGAGAACCAAAGAAACUAUAGGAAAAUGUGAAAUAAUUCAACAGUCAAAUAAUUAAGUAAUCAAAUUUGUGGUCAAAACCCAAUAGUGGGUCACAAGAGUAAUUCAGUGUAUUAAGACAAUAACAUAAAAAUAAAACUAGAAGUAAAUAGAAUAGGAAAAAAAGUAGAGUAGAAGAGUAUGAAAACACGUCACUCAUGGUAAAAACAAAUAGUUCUUUGUGAAACAUUUUUUUUCCGAUACAUGUGUAAAAUAGGUCACAAUGUGAAAUAUAUUUCUCGCUGUGAAUCAUUACCCAAAUGUUUGAAAAGCACCGCAUCGUAUGAUCACUAUUUCAAAUUUAAAUUUCUUUAAUGCUAUAGAAAGUCAGGGGAGAUCUUUUCAAAAAGUUAUCUCACAUCUGAAUUUUGAUCUUUACUUUUGUAAAAUAUGAAGUACACUUAGCUGUGAAAUUCUUAUGAGAAUUAGGUGAACUGACACGUGUGAAAUGCAUAGCACAAUGCUAACGCACAUUAAGUGGUGUAUUUAAUUAUUAAUAUUGCUUUUCAUCACUUUGUCGCUAUUCUUGAUUCUCAAAAGUUUGGAAUACAGGCAACAAACGGAAAUCAUUCCUUUCUCAAAACUCUAGUCUGCUUCUGAGUUGUAUUUGACCAGCGCUGAUUGCAAAAUUGCAAGAUGAAAGUUAACUUGCCUUUGGUAUCUACUCAUAAGCUCAGUUCACCUUUGCCUCUCUAUUUAUUGGUGGUAUGGAGUCCAGGAAGUAAAACUCACAGCUGCUGAGCUCCAGGCGUUUCCCUCGCCCCCCUUUGCAACUCUCAAAUAGCCCUCUAUCCCUACUAUUGAAAAAUAUAUAUGUAUGAUUGCACUAGGAUAUAUUUACCUGAUAUUUCCCCCUUGACCCCCAAUGUGCUUUUUGAAUAACUUUCUAUUUCCAUGCAAAUAAAUGUUUGUUGGAGUUACUGAA